AUGGCGGCUGCAGACUUCAACCAAGACUUGAUAGAAAUGGUCGAAAGUGCCGACGUACCGAAGCCUAUGUGUGAUGAGUUCAAGAAGAUGCUCUCAGGAAUGAAGGCAUGUCUAGCCGAUUGCAUGCCGAAAUACAAGCUUGAUGUCCGUAGGAAAAUACUCAAGUUCAACGACAGCUCCAUCGGCGACGAAGAUACUUUAGAUGACCUCAAGAAUCGCCGAAUGGCUGUAGCCAAGACUAUAUUUGGUAGACUUGGUCCUGAUACAAAUAUCGAAGCUCCAUUAUUCUGCACCUGGGGUUGCAACACCUUUAUUGGUAAAAAUGUGUAUAUCAACAGGGACGUCUCGAUUUUUGAUAGUGCUCCCGUUCAAAUCGGCGACCGUGUACUCAUCGGACCCGGCGUCUGUAUAUGCACAGAUACGCAUGAACUUGACGCUGUAUCCAGGGAAAAAAGCCAGAUGGGAUCUUAUGCGAAACCAAUAGUUAUUGGUAACGAUUGUUGGAUUGGUGGAAAGGCAAUCAUAGUUGCAGGGGUUACAAUUGGGAAUGGAUCGACGGUUGCAGCUGGAGCUGUUGUGGUCAAGGAUGUUGAAGCAAAUUGUCUCGUUGGUGGUGUACCUGCCAAGGUUAUUAGGAGACUUGGUGACGACGCUAUAUUAUCAUCAAAGUAA